ACAGAUCAUUUCCUUAUCCGUUUACACCGCCUUUGGAUUCCAUAGUCUAAUUUUAGCAUUGGCGGAGAUAGCCGAUAAUACACGUUUUACCUCUGCCUCACGAACUGUGACGGAUCGGCUUUUUACGCGGUUGACUGGAUAUUGUCUGAGUUCGCAUGGACCAGAUGGACUUUUGGCAAAAUAAACCAAAUAAGGUAAUUCAACCUUGAUUUUUCCCAGGAAUCCCCGUUUGGUUGGUGAAAGAUAGAAUAAGAAUUUUGAUUGAUUUGCUAAACUCAAUUUGGCUUGCUCCCCAAGAUGUACGCUCAGAUAAAAAAUUGAUAUAUAACAAAGAAGUCACCGAAAAUGAAGUUUUUACCCACAGGGUACGAAACAAAAGAUUUAGAAAGAAGUGUUAAAAACAUGGAGAUGGGACUUGUUGAAUGAGUGUGAUCAAAAAGAUGACAAAUGGGGGAAACUGGCUAAAGAAAACGAUAUUCCCGGAGUGGCCUUUUCUGAAUUUUGUGCCAAAACGAUCAAGUACGGAUCAAGUGGAAAGAAAGGUCCAAAAAACCAUGCAAACGAUUCGAACCACCUGAAAAACAGAAGGACCGUUAAGACAAACCAGGUUCUGCCAGGCUCGUCAAAGGCAUCUAAGAUUGCUCAAAUUAUUCCAAAUCGUCAAAAACAUGGGUGCCUGUGUUGCCAUAACUUCAGCAUUUAUUAGUGAACAUUGCUUACCAUUCAGCAUUGCAAAAGAUCUUCUUAGCCUUGCUAAAAGACUUAGUGAAGACAGGCUGGCAUUAGAGAAGGCAGCACUGUCUAAAACAAGUGCUACAUACAUAACUACCCAUGGCAUUGCAAAAAGCUUCAAAGAGGAGGUAAAAUUGAAAAUCAAAGGACAAAUGGUCUCAUUGAAUUUAGAUGAAGCCACAAGUAACAGCAAUGAUAAGGUGUUGAAUGUGAUUAUUCAGUAUUUUGAUCGUGAAGAAAAUAAGAUAGAGUUAAGGCACCUUGGCACGAGAACACAGAACAAGUCUUCAGCUAAAGACAUUCUUGAUUCAGUGGAAAGUAUCCUCAUGGAAUAUGAAAUUCAGUGGAACCAAAUUCUAAGUGUCAUGAUGGACAACUGUAGCACUAUGCGUGGUGCAAGAGGUGGUGUGGAAACACUGAUCUGGAAGAACCCAUAUCUGCAGGACAUUAGUGGAGACAGUGUGCACAUGUUGAACAAUGUGGCAAAGGCCCUGUUAAGCAAUGUAGAUGACAGUGUGCAGAUGUUCUGCUCAGAUUUGUUUUAUGACAUUGAGGAAUUCCCUAAGGUGAAACAUCUCUUUCAGGAAGUCCAAGAACUCCUGAACAUCACUGCAACUAAACACCUGAUCCGUCCUAUUUCAAGUCGAUUUCUACAAAUAAAAGAUGUGAUGACAAGGGUUUUAUCCUUGCUGGAUUCCCUGACAGUAUACUACUACAGUUUCCUGUCAGAGGAGGAGAAAACUAAAUACAGGUCAGUCAUCAGUCAGAUAUUCAGUAACCAUCAAGUCUCUGAUGAAGCACAGGCAUCAGUAAUUCUGCUUCAGAUAUCACAGGAAAAACAACAGAAAUCUGUAACAAGCACAGAGAGAAAAGACAGAAUCCUGGACUAUCUGUUCUCUAGAAGGAAUGAAACUGAGACAAAGUUACAUUUGUUCAGAGGUUUGCUGGAUACAUUCAGUGAAUACAUCCAAGUUGUCAGAGAAACCCUUAAUUCACACUCUCCACAGCAGGAUGGUUGACUUGAGCAGAGAGUUCCUGGGUAUGUUCAUCAAGCCAGAGUGCAUCCCAGAAUGUGUUAGCCAGCUUGUUAAACUUGAUGUGAAUAGUAGAGACAAACAAAAGUCAGAUAAGGACUUUGGCAUUGGAAAGUUUGCAUUUGUUAACAUGAAUAAAGCACGCCUAGACAAAACAUGCCACCACUGGGUCCAUGAUGUGAAUGCUUACCUCAGAACAGGUUAUGUUCAGGCUGCAAAGAAGAUGCUUCAGAUGCCAAUAACAAAUACCACACUCAGACUGCUCUCAGUUAUGGACCCAGACUUUAUUGGACAUCAACAGACAGUAACAUCAUUACAAAGACUUGCCACCAAUAUUCCAGUGUUCUCAGAGGACCAGGUGCAGAUGGGCAAACUGUCUGAGGAAUCUGCCAGAUAUAAUGUGGAUGAAGAUGUCAAAUGCCUGGCUGCUAACUAAGAAGACAAGGAGCCUGUUGACAUUGGAUUCUGGGGUAAGGUGUUUGUCCUGGAAAGUUUUAACAGACCAAGAUAUCCAGCACUAAAAACACUUGUGUCAUCAUUGCUGACUGUUCUCAGUGGACCAUUGGUAGAAUCCAGCUUUAACAUAAUGGAUGAUAUAAUUGAGAAAGACUGAGCAAGUUUGACUGUUGAAAAUUAUGAAGCUGUAGCAAUUGUAAAAACAACUCCAAGGAAGAAAAAUGUGAAAAGUACUAACAUGAAGAUAGAUUCAAGGAUGAAACAGUCUUGUGUUAUGCAUAUAACACAUACUAACUGUAUUUGAAGAAGAAAGAAUAGAAGCAGCAACAAAUGCAGGACAAGUUGAAUGCCUCUUUGCUACUUUUGGAAGCUGAAAAAGCCAAAAGUAGCAAAACUUGUAAAGUUGAAGCAAAGACUAAGUAAGAAAACCCAAAGGAAAAAACCUUAUGAACAUGAUGAAAGUGGUCCAAAGAAAAAGUGGAAGAGGAUAAAACUGAGUCAUUUCUGAGAUGAAUGUGGUCUGAGGAAUAAGAUAAAACUGAGUCAUUUCUGAGAUGAAAAGUGGUCCAAAGAAAAAGUGGAAGAGGAUAAAACUGAGUCAGUUCUGAGAUGAAAGUGGUCUAAAGCAAAAGUGGAAUAAGAUAAAACUGAGUCAUUUCUGAGAUGAAAAGUGGUCCAAAGAAAAAGUGGAAGAGGAUAAAACUGAGUCAUUUCUGAGAUGAAAGUGGUCUAAAGAAAAAGAGGAAUAAGAUGAAACUGAGUCAUUUCUGAGAUGAAAAGUGGUCCAAAGAAAAAGUGGAAGAGGAUAAAACUGAGUCAUUUCUGAGAUGAAAAGUGGUCCAAAGAAAAAGUGGAAGAGGAUAAAACUGAGUCAUUUCUGAGAUGAAAUGUGGUCCAAAGAAAAAGAGGAAUAAGAUAAAACUGAGUCAUUUCUGAGAUGAAAAGUGGUCUAAAGAAAAAGUGGAAGAGGAUAAAACUGAGUCAUUUCUGAGAUGAAAAGUGGUCCAAAGAAAAAGUGGAAGAGGAUAAAACUGAGUCAUUUCUGAGAUGAAAAGUGGUCCAAAGAAAAAGUGGAAGAGGAUAAAACUGAGUCAUUUCUGAGAUGAAAGUGGUCCAAAGAAAAAGAGGAAUAGGAUAAAACUGAGUCAUUUCUGAGAUGAAAAGUGGUCUAAAGAAAAAGUGGAAGAGGAUAAAACUGAGUCAUUUCUGAGAUGAAAAGUGGUCCAAAGAAAAAGUGGAAGAGGAUAAAACUGAGUCAUUUCUGAGAUGAAAAGUGGUCCAAAGAAAAAGGGAAGAGGAUAAAACUGAGUCAGUUCUGAGAUGAAAGUGGUCUAAAGAAAAAGAGGAAUAAGAUAAAACUGAGUCAUUUCUGAGAUGAAAAGUGGUCUAAAGAAAAAGAGGAAUAAGAUAAAACAGUCAUUUCUGAGAUGAAAGUGGUCCAAAGAAAAAGUGGAAUAAGAUAAAACUGACUUAUUUCUCAGAGCUAGACUAAGUUUAAAAUCCCAUUGACAUUGUAUUAUUAUGUAUAUUCUUUAGAUUAUUUUACCAUUUGUAUUCUUUUGAAGUGUUUAUUUUUGAAAGAAAGAAAAAACAAGAGAUAAAUUAAUAAAAUGUUAAUUGUACUUUUUAUCUUCACUGCUUUUGUCUACCUAAAAUUCAUCAUUGAUAGUCAGUUAUGUCCCGCAACAGAUAGAUAUUUCUGUUAUUUGAAAAUGAAGUUGAUGUGUCUGGAAAAUGCAUUUCUCUGGCCGGGUAAUUUGCAUAUUUCUAGGAGCUUGCCCUCAGCAAACAUUUACAGGUUUUUCAGAAUUUUUAACUUUCACCCAUGGAACUGACUUUGGAUUGUAUUUUGGGUCACUGUUGCUAAAAAUAGAAA